AUGGAGGUAGUCGAACUUUCAGCUGCGGACACUGGACUUAUAAUACUCAUUGGACAAAUUGUCAACGCGUUGACCUCAGUAAUCUCUGGUUACCUCGGCGAUAUGGUUAAAGUACCUGUUCUUUCACAGAAAAUUGGAAUGCGAAAAUCUUGGCAUCUCAUGGCGACGGUUUUUAUGGUCAUCGUAGUUCCUCUCUGGGGCAACCGUUGCAUUCUCUGUAGUGGAAGUCAUCAAACUUGGCUUCCCACCGUCUAUUACGGUUUCUUGUACUCAAUGUAUCACAUGUGUUUCAGCGUGAUGGAGAUAAAUCACCUGGCUUUCAUCACAACUUCAGCUGUGUCGGUUGAAGAACUAACAGAUUUAAGCGCCAUCAGGUUUGCUAUUUUUAAAAGUGUUAUAUUAAAUUAAACUUAACUGUUCACCCAUUUUGUUGGGCUCUUACCAAAGAUCUACUGGAGGACAGACGCGUAGUUUACGUCGUCAUAAAUCACUUGUAUGACUUUUAUAUAACUCAACUCAAGUACGGACAAUCUGAGGCUGUUUUUUCCUAACUUAUUCUGUAGGAAUAAUAAACGUGACAUCUAAGAACAAUUUUCCUUAUUCUUCUCUUUUUCUUGUUCAAAAGGACAAUGUUCAGCUUCCUUAGUGGUAUUUACAUAUACGUGAUCGCCUGGGGCCUUCUCGGACAAGACAAUAGCGAUACUCUGGGACCCCAGAGCCUUCCAGAUUUUGCGGUAAGCGCAGCUUCGUUAAUAACUUUAUGCUACGAUAAGCUUUUACAAACAGGCGUAAGCUCAAUACAAUGAAAUAAAAAAAAAACGCAAUUAAAAAACGAGUUGGAGAAAUUUGGUUUUCUCUCCCUGUCAGCCUGCCAGUCUCCUUCCACACAUCUCUGCUGGCAUUAAAAAUCUUUUUUUUGUCCUUAACCUUGUAACUUUCAAGAUCUGACUGUCACUUCUCUCCUGGAGCUGCUGUGCAUUCCCUUGUAAAUUAAUUUUGAGAAUUUAGUGUUAGAUCAAGAUAAAAACUUCCAUCUGAUAAGUACGACUAUUCUCAUCAGCUGUUGGCCGGAGAAUGGAUGUUUACUACAGGGAGAGGUUACAAGUUAAUCAUUUCUGGGAGUUAAAGGGUUAAGGUGCUAGUUGAUUAAUUUUUUUUUCUAAACAGCACCUCUCGUGGAUUACUACUGGAACAGGACUCUUCUUUGCAGCCAUCUUCCACAUUGGUACAAAGGAACCUCGAAAAUGUCAGAGUAAAGAAAGCACCACAAUGGAU